GCCGCCCCCCCGGGCGGGUAGGCAGCUCCACCGUCUGCGGUGACAAUUGGCUGCGGAGCCGCCGCUUCCGACUACGCAUCACGUUGCGCCACCACAGUAACACACGCCAGUGCGCACUCCCGUGUAGUAACGCAAGUGUGCGUGAUGCUGCCGGAGCCCAAGGUCCCCCUUAUCAUCACCACACACCGCAGGGUUUGAACAUUAACGGGCUGCAGCAGCCGGAGCGGGGCCAGCCAGAGAGCCGGGCAGCGCAGGCGGCCACGCGGACCGGGAGGACGGAAGUCACCGCUGGAUCAUGACGGAGAAGCGGGUGUCUCGGUGGUACUUCGGCGGGCUGGCGUCAUGCGGAGCCGCCUGCUGCACGCAUCCCCUGGACCUCAUCAAGGUACACUUGCAGACACAGCAGGAGGUGAAGAUGAGGAUGUUGGGAAUGGCUGUUCAUGUGGUCAAGAAUGACGGGGUGCUGGCUCUUUACAAUGGCCUCUCUGCUUCACUCUGUAGACAGAUGUCCUAUUCCCUCACCAGAUUUGCGAUCUAUGAGACAGUGAGGGACAUGUUGGGCAGCACAAGCCAGGGCCCCAUGCCCUUUUACCAGAAAGUCCUCCUUGGAGCCUUCGGAGGAUUCACUGGUGGGUUUGUUGGAACACCAGCAGACAUGGUGAACGUCAGGAUGCAGAAUGACAUGAAACUACCACCCGAGCAAAGGAGAAACUAUAAAAAUGCCAUCGAUGGACUUUACAGAGUGUUCAGAGAAGAGGGUUUACGGAAACUUUUCUCGGGAGCGUCCAUGGCCUCCAGCAGAGGAGCACUGGUCACUGUGGGACAGCUGGCAUGCUACGACCAGGCCAAGCAGCUGGUGUUAGGAACAGGCAUGAUGGGAGAUAAUAUGCUCACACACUUUCUUUCCAGCUUUAUUGCCGGAGGCUGUGCUACGUUCCUGUGUCAACCUCUGGACGUGAUGAAGACGAGGCUGAUGAAUUCAAAAGGAGAGUACACGGGGGUGGGACAUUGCUUACGGGAAACAGCCAAGCUAGGUCCAAUGGCAUUUUACAAGGGUCUCGUCCCCGCAGGCAUUCGUUUGAUUCCCCACACGGUGCUCACCUUCAUGUUCCUUGAGCAGCUCAAGAAGAACUUUGGCAUUCGCAUCAUCUCCUGAGACCCUCGCCGAUGCUGCUGCUGCUGCUGCUGAUCACUGUCCUCCUUCAGCACUCUGUUCCUCGACAUUUGCAAGAAAAGAAGGGAAGAGAGGAGAAAUGGACAACAUCACCAUUUAUAUGCUUUCUUUCUCCUUUUACCUCUACCUCUUUCUUUCAAGUGGAAAUUAUGUGAUUUUGGUUCAAGCACACCAGCUUAUGAUAUCCUUUUUCCCCUUUAGAAUAGAAUCGUUAGAGAGAUAUUACUAAUAAUGACAUGCUACAUUUUGAAUUCUUCAGAGCUCGAACGCCAAUGAAUAAUUGCAGAUUAUAUCUUAAGUGUGAUCUAUUUGUAACACUUUACUCUUGUCAUAUUUGACCAGGAAAGGUUUUAACAAAAAGUUCUCAAGUUAUUCAUUAUCACAUCAUAACCUUGUCAUCAGUGUUCUUUUGAUCAGUUAAAAUAUAACAACAAAGCUAUUACUUAAACAUGACUGAAGCUGUUAUGACAAUAAUCAUUUAGACUCAUGCCGACCAAAUAUUUUGAGACGUUAGCAUUUAACGUUUUUUCUUACUUGAUUAAUGUAAUGGAAAUGAACAACUAACUGGUUAAACUGUCAUGAUGGUUUUUACCCGUUGCUUCUCCGCUUCAUUCCUCCGUAAUCAUGUCGGGUCCCAUCUGGAAGAAAAGUGGACCAAAUUUGUUUCUGACCCAUUUUUAAACAAGAAGGGAGUCUUUAGUGCCAGGGAGACUCUGUCGGAGCAUUAGACUUCUGAGAGCCUGAGCCUGUUCAGAAACCUGUAGAGAACUGCUGUACAAGUGUGGCACUUUUCCACUUAUAUUGUUAGCUUUUUGGUCUUGUUGAAUACACAUCAGACCUAAAGGCUUGAGAUGCCACCCUGUUUUAGGAGGCACUUUAUUUAUAAAAGAAAAAGAAAACCUCAUUCUGACAACUUGCUGCGUAGAGGAAACACAUGCUGUAUGUUGAAUCUUGUCCUAAAUUGACAAAAUUUUAAUUUAACAUAUUAAUCAAGUUGAGGACGUUCUCUUGCUUAUCAGUUAUUGUUCUUUUAUAAGUUUAAUUUAGGUUUGGUUAAAUUAAAACUCCCUGCGCUGUGCCUGCUCUGAGAACUUGUGUUGCCUUACAGUGUCUGUCCUGUAGGGGGCAGUGUGACACCAACGAGCUAUUCCUUCCUCUCAUCCUAAUGAGCCCGGUGCCUUCAUCCCAGGAUGGAUGUGCAAAAAAAAAAAAAGGAGAGAGAGGGAGAGCGCUAAAAACAUUUUCAAAUGACUAUUUGCCUGCAUGUUCAUAUGCUCCUCAGUAUUCCAGGUACUUUACUGAUUGUAACUUUAUAAUGCCCUAAUGUUUCCCAUAAUUGUAUGCACAUGCACAGAAAAGAAACUGGAGAAAUAGUUAUGGGUCCGUGAAAUGGGUUUUGUAGGCCUGCUAAUGAUUUUAGAAAUAAAUCACUAACCGAAACUAA